AUGCUACUGAGAAGUCCGACGACGACCGUAAUUCCUAAAGGUCUGAAGAUUCAUCAGGUACAGUUCUCUACACAGCAUGACGAAAUCUUUUUUGACUGUUAUGAGUCUUCUCAAGUUAGUGGUCCGAGCGAAAUGCACUACUUUGGUGCACAUUGUGGAAUCCUAUUUGUUGAUGUCACAGAGAGUAGAACAUGCUCGGGUGCUCAGAUCUGGUACGAUAACAUUAAGAAUCUGUGUGGUGAAAUCCUUGUUGUUGUGUUUGGGAAUAAAACUGAUUUGGAGAAGUGGAAAUUGUUGGCCAAGGACGGGCCGAACCUCACUAAUCAGAAUCUCCAGUAUUACGAGUUUGUCAAGUCACCAGCUCUUGCUCCUUCAGAUGUUCGCGUCGACAUUGCUGCUACGCAGAAGAACAAGGCUAAUCUCAUUGUGGCUGAACGUCAGCUGCUCACUGAUGAUGGUGACAACUAUGAGGUGGAAGGGGAUAGGCUUGCACAAUUUGCUCGUCAGAGGAUCUUGCCACUGAUUAAUUCUGGAAAUGGUGAGCCUACGGAGCUAUUAGCAGACAAGGGUAAGUAG